CGGCUCUCAUAAUGUCCUUCACCCCCACGUUCCGGGCCCAAUAUUGAAGUGAGAAGUGUCUUGCCAAAAGGCUCGUCCCUUUUGCGUUCCAUCUCUCGGUUCCCCGGCGCAGCGAACGGUGUUGAACGAUCAGGAAAGCGAAGCUCCUUGACUUUGCCAUCCACUUCGACAAAGCGAAGCAGCAUAGACGGACGACGAUGGUGCGCGUCGUUGUCAAGGGAGGCGUGUGGAAGAACACCGAAGAUGAGAUCCUUAAGGCGGCCAUCAGCAAAUAUGGCAAGAACCAGUGGGCGCGCAUUUCUUCGUUGCUCGUACGCAAGACGCCCAAACAGUGUAAAGCGAGAUGGUACGAAUGGUUGGAUCCAAGCAUCAAGAAGACGGAGUGGUCAAAAGAGGAAGACGAGAAGCUGCUCCACUUGGCGAAGCUCAUGCCAACGCAAUGGAGAACGAUUGCGCCAAUCGUAGGUCGAACAGCAACGCAGUGCCUCGAGCGGUAUCAGAAGCUGCUGGAUGAGGCCGAGGCAAGGGAGAACGAAGAGGCCGGGCCAUCGUCGUUGGGCUUGACAGGUCCGGACGGCGGCGAAAGCGCCCCAAGCGCCGAAGAUGUACGUAAGCUUAGGCCAGGCGAGAUCGACCCGGAUCCUGAGACGAAGCCUGCGAGGCCUGAUCCUGUCGAUAUGGAUGAGGACGAGAAGGAGAUGCUGAGCGAGGCAAGGGCUAGACUGGCUAACACACAAGGCAAAAAAGCCAAGCGAAAGGCCCGUGAACGCGCGCUGGAAGAGGCAAGGCGGCUAGCCAUGCUUCAGAAGAGGAGAGAGCUCAAGGCGGCCGGUAUCUUCACCAAGCCAAAGCCAAAGAAGAAGGGUAUGGACUACAAUGCAGACAUUCCUUUCGAAAAGGCUCCGAUGGCUGGCUUUUACGAUACCUCGGAGGAGGCGUCUCGAUCGACAAAGGCGCCAGUUGGUCAAACAUUGCGUCAGCUCGAUGGAAAGCGGCCCCACGACGAGGAAGAGAAGAGGAGAAAACAACAAGAGCAGAAGAAGGAAUCACAGAGCAAAAAUGGCAAAGAUCCUUUUGCAGGCGCGCGAGACGAGCAGCUGAGAAAGCUCCGCGAGGCUGAGCAGAUCAGUAAGCGAAGGAAACUUAAUCUUCCCGAGGCACAAGUGGGCGAGAGAGAGCUCGAGGACAUCGUGAAGCUGGGUCAAGCCGGCGAAACGACCAGGAAGAUGGUCGAAGACGGCGGCAACGAGGCAAGCCAAGGCUUGCUAGGAGACGACUACUCAGCUCUGGAUCGGGCCAAGCACGCAAGAACGCCCAGGACUGCUCCUCAAGAGGACACGGUGAUGCGUGAGGCGCGUAAUCUCCGCAACAUGCAGGCCCAGCAGACGCCGUUGCUGGGCGAUGCCAAUGCCACCUUGCUCGAAGGUACGGGCAGCACGACAGCUCUGCCUUCGUCAAGGGGUCCUUCUCAGACGCCCAAUCCACUCUUGACCCCUGCUCAUGGUCCGCACGGAGAAGAUCCAGGAGCAACUCCAUUGGCCAGUGUGCGGGGCCGAGGCCCAUCCGACACGCCGCGCACCGAGAUGGGCGGUCCUUCUGCCACACCCAUGCGCACACCGCUUCGAGACAAUCUGGGUCUCAACGCUUCCGACGAUGGCUAUUCGGCCAUGGGCGAUGCUACACCGCGCGAUGCAAAGCGAGCCGAACUGAUGGCCAAGCGACAGCUCCAGAUGGGCCUACGUGGUCUACCCGCUCCCAAAAACGACUUUGACAUUGUCCUCGACGGUGAAGACCAAGAUGACCAGCCGCCAUCGGCCCCGCAGCUUUCUGAGGAGGACGCAGCCGAGCGCGACGCUAGACUUGCCAAGCUCGAGGAGGAAAGAAGACAGAAGGAGCUUGCCCGAAGGACACAGGUCGUCAAGCUGGGCUUGCCACGACCCGUGCUUGCCGUCAAUGUCCCGUCGCUUCUCGCUCAGCUCGACGAGAGCACUUCCGGUACGCAAGAUCCUGCGGUCAAGCUCAUUCGAGAGGAGAUGGUGAAGCUCAUGCACUACGACGCAAUUGUCCACCCUCUGGCCGGGAGCAACGUAAUGGGUGGCUCUCAGACCAACAUCUUGGGAAAGGCGAUCCCGGAUGAAAAGCUUGAUGCUGCAAAGGAAGCUAUCAGGGUGGAGAUGGGCACAGCGCUCGGUUUCCCCGGUGCAAAUGCUGAGGCGCUAAAGAGGUUGGUCAAGAGCCACCUCUCUGAAGACGACGACGACGACGAAAAGGGCGACGGUGCCAAGGAGCUCGAGAGCCUCGAACAAGUGUUGAGAACGUCGCGGGAUGCUCUGGCGUGGGACGCGAGCUCAAAGACUUGGAAGGAUGCCGAACAGAUGAGCGCGAAGGAGAUCGUCCAAGGAAAAGCAGCCCAGCUAGAACAUGUCAAGUCGCUCUUGACUAGUCAGGCCCAGAUUUGUGCAAAGGACGAGAAGCGCCUCGCAAAGAUCCUUGGAGGCUAUCAGGCCAGAGGGAAAGCACUCGGCGAUCAGAUUCGUGAGCUCUUUACGAAGCUAGAAAGCGGCGCUAUCGAGCUGCAGACAUUCGAGAGGCUUGAGCAGGGCGAGGAGGUUGGCGCCGAGAAGAGAAUGGGCAGGUUGGGCGAAGAGGUCGGUCACCUCGAACGAAUGCAGAGAAUGGCGCAGGGAACAUUCAAGGAGCUUGACGAGAGGAGGCGGCUCCUCAGGGACCAAGUAGCGCAGCUCGAGCAGGAAGUGGCGAUGCGUCACGCGGAACGCAUCAAUGAUGCUGCCUUGGCCAUGGAAGAGGAUUAAUGAGAUGACAAUUCUCUCUAUUUGUUAAAAGAAUGAAAUGCUACUUUUAAAAUGGAAUGAGAGGGAGCAGGAGAUGGACCUUACAAAGCCGAGGUCAUGGUGAGCUGCUUCGCGUGAACGCCUAGGACUGGAGGCCCUUUUGCAAAGAGGCUCUCGAGCUGGUCGA